GUUUUUACAGGGAGGGAAGGAAAGAAAGAGACUUCCAUCAAUCGUUGUACAUUAAAGUUUGAGAAAAUUGUAAUUUCUAUUUGAAUUGUUAAAUUCUCAGCUGUACUGAGAAUUAAGAAAAAGUGCCUUGGUGGUUUCUCUCUGCUCUAUUAUUCAUUUACUGAACUAACAAAAUGCAACCAGGUCUGUCUAUGUCCUGUUUAACCUAUAUGUUAAUGUUAAAUGUCUGCGUGGCAAUGAAUUAAUUCUGUAUUUGAAUAUCCUUAUUUAACACAUAGAUGUUCCUAUUCACAUGCUAUAAUCAUUAUAAUUACUGCCAUCAUACAUCAAUCAAAUGUUUUCAUAGGCCAAACUGAACUACUUUCAGUAACUCUGAUUUUCUUUGUACUUGCAUGCAUAUGUUGAUCACCUGUGAAAAUUAGCAAGCGUGUUCAUGAUGUGCACUUAUACAGCCUAUGUGACCCUGUGACCCAGUGCUGUAGUGCACUGUGAUGGCUGUCCCAUAGAACUUUAUGGUAGGUGAGGACUUGCCACUGUUUAGCAGUCCCUGCAAAAAUGUCAAAGAAUUUCAGGAACCAGCUGAUAAGGUGAAUGUCAUUAAUAGAACACCUUCCAAUUAAGGGCAUGUAAUGCCUAUGUGAUCUUGCAUCAAGCAUCUCCUGGACUUCUACAUCACAGUUCUAAACUAGUGAUUCAGUCUGAGGGCUCACAGAUGGACACAGCCUGGCUGAGUCUGCCAAAUCUCACCAGCCAAUGGAACAGCAAAUCCGGUCAGGGAGGAAGCUGCCAGGGUGUUCCAACAACUGGUGAAAGCAGCAGUGGUAACUUCGGUCUUGGAGUCACACCAUCUUGGAGUUACAGUUAGAACUAGUUGGUUAAUCCUGCACAGACUCAGAAGAGGGUUAUGGCCUGAGGGUUGUGGCCUCAGAAGACUCAGAACACUCCGAGCCACCAUUGAGCUAAUGCUAUAAUGCUUUAGUCAAGGACCUGACAUUUUGGGGUCCAGUCGUAGGCUGAUAACCCACAUCCAGAACAGGGGAUCAUUGAUGUGGCUGCCUUUAUUAAUCCAUCUUCAGCAGACAGCUGAUACCACAUAUAUGUUUGGAAACCAUAAUACUAUCUGCCACACUUUGGGGUAAUGGAAUGGCUAUAAUUCUUAGUGAAUCUAGCCUCAUGUCAGUGAAAUGUGUGACCUACUUUGGAACCCUUCAUUGUGUUCUCUGUGAGUCUAAACACCAUAAUGUCAGAGGGGAGGGCGGAUGUGUUCCAGAUGGCCUGCUCCUUGGUGUAGGCACCAGAAGCCAGGUGUCCAAAUAUGGCAGUAUCCUGAUGCCAGUGGCCAGAAUAGACAUGUAAACAUGUAUGGUGUUAGGGAGAGGCCAAAGGGCAGGACAUUGAAUUAGAAUGCCUGUCCUUAGAAGGCAAACAUUAUGAAGCAUCUGCAUUCUCUGGCAAUGAAAACAUAAAAAUAAGGAGUGUGCAGGUCAGUGAAUGUGAACCAGUCCAGUGGCUGCAUCACUUGAACCAUGUAUGUAGCAUAUGAAAAAAAGACAGGGUGAAAACAUUAGGUGAAAAGCCUUUGUCCCCCAUUUAGGGCCUACUUGAGAGGGUAGAUGAGGGGCACUUAUACACUUACAAGAACUUAGAGGAUAUGAUAUCUACCUAAAGAAAGUGCAAAGCAGAUGGGUCCCCUGUAGGCAUUCAGAGACAGAACUUUGGUGUGGUGGCCAAAAAACUUGCGAAUGGUUCAUUUAUCCAAGCUGGUUUAGUAAUUCAGAAACCUUUCCCACUUUUUAUCAAGUGCUACUGUGGCUGGCCCAAAGAGUGACCUCAGCACACAAGGUAGGUUUGACAGGGCCUAUUUGUACACAGCAGGCAGAGCGGAUGGCAGAAACCACGCCUGGCUAUGCACAGAAACAAAGUUGCCCCACGUCUUGGCCUAGGUAUUGCAUUGCCAGGAGUGAUUUGUCCUUUACAGAGCAGUUAACAUCUGCAAAUUGGAGUGACUGAUCCAAUGCUAGCAGCAGAGGAGCAAGUGUAUUGCCAGUGUGUGCCACACUUGUUGCAAUAUUCUAUAUUUUCACCAAAGAAUCAUGAGUGUAGUGCACCAGUGAUGCAACACCAGCAUCAAUGACAGGCAUACGGCUAAAUCUGACCUGCCCAUUAUUCAGCAUGUUGGCCAAAGCACAUGACAUGGUGCUCAGUCAUGGGUGAACUGGAACCUACCCAAAUCCCCCACGUUAAUAAAGUCCUUGCACUUUGGGACAGCAAACCCUGCCAUCACAGAUGUCAUCAGAAAAGUGCAACAAGUUCAGUCCAUUCAUUGCACCAUCCAACCCUAACUGAACACAUUCUUGCAUUCAUCUGCUAAGGGACGAGAAGAAUGACUGACCAGGGAGGGAUGAGGAGGGCACUGUUGAAAAGUGAAAACUUUCAAGUUACACUGCUUCAGCUUCUGGGUCAUUGAUUUCCAAGCCAUGAUGAGAGUUGAUUCAUUCAGUUGAUUCAUGCAGAGAGAAACUCGAGUGCUUUUUGUCGGUCGUUGCUGGGCCUGAGCAUUCGUGAUUGCUAAACUGUAUAGAUUGAGGGGUUGGGCAAGAUUUAACUCUGGACCAGGACUGAAAUCUGCCAGCUUUGGGAUUCAGUCUGCCUUACAACAGAUCCAGACACUGGCAGUCAGUGACUAGCUAAAUGCAGUGCAGUAAUGCAGGAAAAGCCAACCCAAGCCUAAUGGAUGCUCCAGAGCCUUCCACAAACAAUGUUCAUAAUAUAUAAGAAAAAAAGUGCACUCUCUGAGGUAAAAAGGAAUGAGAGGUGCCUUGGAAGGUGGAUAGCUCCAUAAUGUGUAAGAAUGUAAGAAUUGGGAAGGGAAUUACUGAUGUAUGGUGAUGUUAUUAUAUUGCUAUAUACUGUGUCAUAACUCAUGAUGUAGCCUUGGCAUGUGUGCACAUGUGCACAAUUUGGUAUCCAGGUGUUACACACCACCCUUGGUGAUUAAGAAGGGUGAAAUAGAAAUCUCACAGAAAUGUAAUAAUUAUCCAGCCAUGGACUGGCAUCCCAUCCAGGGAGAGGGAGAACCUGACCAGGAUAAAGCUGAAAUAACAUUAACAGUAAUAAUAAUACAUCCAGGAUUAAGUACUCUAUACUAUGAUGAUGAUGAUGAUGAUGAUGAAGAUGAUGAUGAUGAGGCUGUCAUACACUUUAAUACACUGUGCCCUAAUUAUUGGCAAAAAAUUGUAUAAAAUAGACAAUACACAUAAUUCAAAUUGUCCACUCAAACAAUAGGAUAAACUAUUUUUUUUAAUUCUCAUUAAAACUGCUUUUUUUAAUAAGAAUUUUUUUAAAUAAUAAUAUUUGCCAACAUCCAUAAGGAAUGGCAUUAAGCAUAUAUUUUGAAUAAAUGCAAUAACACUGUAAUUUAGAAAAUUUUCCAUUUUCUGUUGUUGCCUUUAACCAUGCCCUGUUGCCUUGCUACACACGUAUGAGGAUUUCCUUUGUUAUUCAUUACCAUUGGAAAAAAUCGAGAUCUUUCACAGUAAAAGAGACUGAUGGUUAUUGACCUGCACAAAUCAGAAAAUGGAUUUCUAAAAAUACAUAAGCAUUUAAAAAUACCAGUAAGCACAAUUAGGGCUAAAAACAAAAAUAACAUCUGAAACAGUUUUGAAAUUUUGCCAGGAUUUGGACCUGUGAGUAUGUGGUUUAGUUGAGUGUCAUGAUUAAUAAUUAUAUAAAAAAAAAAUCAACAAAUCAACAUGACUUUCAUAACAACAAGAAGGAAGCCCUUCCUGAGAGCAUCUCAACAUACUGUGCCCAAAUUUCAAGGAGCGUCGUUAGAAAUUGGCAUCAUGUGGUGUUGUUAGAUGAAACCAAAAUCAAGCUUUUUUGUCAUGCGCACAAUUUGGUGUGUUUGGUAACAAAGGCAGAUUGCAUACAAGGAAAAACACUGAAAACCCACUGUAAAAUAUAAUGUUGGAUUAUUGAUGUUUUGGGGGCUGUCUUGAGGCCGGUGGUUCUGGACCAUCUCAGUCUUCAGAUACUGUGGUCUGAAUUGAAGAAGGAAGUCCACAUGCACAACCUAAGAAUAUAAAGGAGCUUAAAAUAUUCUACAUGGAGGAGUGGACUGAGAUUUCUUUACAAAUAUCUCCAUCCUUGUUUGUCAUUACAGGAAGAGACUCAGUGCUCUUAUUGUCUCUGGGCCAGGUAUCAGGUAAUUUUGAAACCAGUGUUCUGUAGAAAAUAAAUACACCACUUAAAAAACUUACAAAAAAACAAAACAAAACUAUAAUAUAGUUACAGUAUGAUAAAUUGAUGGUGAACACUAGAUUCUUUUUUAGGUUCUUUGUUUCCUUCUUUUUCUUAUUAUUAUAAGCAAGAGGAAGUGUGAGAGAUGCUAUCAAAAGCAUGAUGAUGAUGAUGAUGAUGAUAAAGAUUAGAUUUCUAAGGUUUUGGCCUACAGUUCAACCCAGUGUUGUGAUGGGACCAUGGUGUGAUGAUGGGAAGGUCUGAAUAGCUAAUGUUUUUGCUUUCUUUUUGGCCAUAUGUGUUUCCAGUGAAAAUAUCAGAAUUUAAUGUCAGGGUUUAGAUGGCAGAAUACGUUAGGGGAAAAAGACUUAUUUUCAUGCACAGCUGAAAGAGUGCAGCAUUCUGUCGGAGCGUGCAGUCUGAAAAUGGCAAAUCAGAAAAGAAGCAAUGUGCUACCAUUAUAAGGGUCAUCAAGACAGCCAUCAUCAUCAAGGACACCAUUACAGGAAGGCAUUUAUACAUCAUCAUCAUCAUCAUCAUCUCCUCUCUGUGCCAUCAUCAUCAUCAUCAUCAUCAUCAUCAUCAACCCCUCAUCAUGAUCAGCACAGCCAUUAUAGUCAUCAUCAUUAUCAUUAGGCUGGGUAAUCAUCCACCGAGGGUUUCUUGCAAGCCCAAUAUAAAGGCCGACUCAGGAUCUCGCGCUCAUUUCCUCCGUGUGUGAGGAGAGAGCUUCUGAGAGAGAGAGAGAGAGAGGGCCAUGUUAUAGGCAGGCAGCAUAUUCUGUGCUUUCAGUAGUUUAGUGUUUGUUUAUCAGGAUACUGCGACAUCUUUUAUCUGUCUAAUAUCAGUCUGCCUAGUUUCCAACUGGGUGACGAAGAGAGCUCCUCCUUCAGCCACCUCAGCAUGGAGAGUGACACCCACGACGUCCACACUGCUGAGAACGAGCGAGAGGGUGUGAGAUCCGAGCCUGCAUUCCCUCUCUACGUCUCCUGCAGGGGCUGCGAUCAGCUCCUUGAUGAGGAUGAGCACUCAUGUCUGCGCUGCUCUAAACGGGAUGGAACCAGCAUAGGGGACAGGAGUGUCCAUGUAGGAGCACAGCCUGUGCUCAAAGGGGCAGAUGGAGAGGGAGCAGGACCCGAGAAUGGCCAGCAGAAGCUGAACUCUUGUCCACUGUGUGGCUUCUCCUCACGUUACACCAACCACGUAAAGAGGCACAUGAAGACGCACAACGGCGAGAAGCCAUACCGCUGCUCGCUGUGCUCAUACGCCUCCGCACAGCUGGUCAACCUGCAGCGCCAUUUACGCAUCCACACCGGAGAAAAACCCUACAAGUGUGAGCACUGCACAUUCGCCUGCAGUUCCCUGGGCAACCUGAAAAGGCACCAGCGCAUGCACACAGUUGCAAAUCCUGCUCAGAAUACACAACAGCGUAUGCACACUGCCAUAAAUCCAGGCCAAAAUACACACCCGAGUAUGCACACAGUCGCAAACCCUGCACAGAAUACACAGCGGAUGAUGAGUGGCCUCAGCCUUCGAGGUCCUGUUGGAUGUCAGAGCCUAAAAGAGGAUGCUCCCCGUGCCACGAGGGAAGUGCUUCAGUCCUCAGAAAUGAAAGGGAAUUUGGGCAUUGGCAGUGACAGCGGAUAUCUCAAGGCUUUUGCGAGGCUGAAGUCAGAGCAGCAGUCGUGCACCCGGGCACAGCCUGGCGUUCUGCCUCCUCUGCUCUUCCCUUUCACGUGCAGGCUGUGUGGCCUGGUACUGGAUGGUGAGGAUGGGUCGUCAGCGCAAAUCUGUGCCAAGUGCACCCUGGAAAUGCUGACUAAAGAUGCAGCAGGCAGCGCCAGCGAGCGUGGACACAGAGGGGACAGGGUGUACACGUGUGCCGCCUGCCCGUUCCUCACACACUACCCCAACCACCUGGCCCGGCACAUGAAGACACACAGCGGCGAGAAGCCCUAUAAGUGCCCGCAGUGCCCCUACGCUUCAGCCCACUUCGACAACCUGAAGCGGCACCACCGCGUGCACACGGGCGAAAAGCCCUACAAGUGCCACCUGUGUGACUACGCCUGCGGCAAUCUGGCAAACCUAAAGCGGCACCAGCGUGUUCACUCGGGCGCCAAACCUUUCCAGUGCAGCGUGUGCAGCUACAGCUGCAACCAGAGCAUGAACCUGAAGAGGCACAUGCUGCGUCACACAGGUGAGAAGCCACACAAGUGCCAUGCGUGCACUUACACCACAGGCCACUGGGACAACUACAAGCGGCACCAGAAGAAACACGUAGCAGGAACAGACGAGUGGGAUAAAGUGCCGCUGCCUGCCAAUGAGGAAGAGGCAGAGAUUGAUGAGGAGGAGGAGGUGUAGCCUAGCAACGGGAGGAACAAUUGUAGUAUGAUAAGAUUAUUUAAAAUUGAGAUGAAGUGUUACAGUACCAGCAUAAGCUUAGUUCUUGUUUUCUUUUGUUUUGUUUUUUUUCCCCCUUUGUGUCAUUAUGAUUCUUGAAUAGGUUCAAGCUGCUAAACAGACUUGUGCACAAGAUUGAAAAAAAAAAAAACAGUUUUCGUUACCUUUGCAUAGGGUUGGAAGGGUAAUUCAAGACUCUGGAUCAGAGUGCCCUUGCUUCGUCAGUGCCAUACAGACAUUUUGUAAUGCUACCUAGAUGAAAUCUAAUUUCUCCUUCAUUGUAUAUCUUGCACGGAUGUUCAUUGCUCUGUAGUGCCACAGAGCCGUCCUUACUGGCUGAACCUUCUGUGGAUUCUCUGAGGCCUUUGCUGCUCAAAUGGAUAGUUUUAAACCUUCACUACAUCCCUUUAUAGUGCCAAAACGGAGUCCUAACCACUGCAGCUUUUGCAACUUCAAAUGUCAUUUUAUUUACUGGCGACAUUGUUGCUCCUUGGUUGUAUGUCUUAACUGUGAAAUUUUGUCUGAUGUUAAAAUGGUGCAUAGUAAGCAUUAGAAUGUUGUGAUUUAUGUAAAGCACUUAUUUUUGUAUGUCUUUUGUUCGUUUAAAAGAAUGUUUGGCAUGCAUUUGCCAUCAGUGGCAUUAACUUAAAGACAAGGGACCAUGAAUUCCAUAUGCAGUUUAUAACCUUCAGGUUGCCAAGAAGUGAUAGAGAUGGAUUCCUUUCGAUGUGUGGUGCUUAAGUGCUCUCUUGUAAUUAUGCAGUCGUUUCAUAAUUGCCUUAAAUAUCCUGGAAUAAAGUACUCUGUGGUGAGA